AUGGCAAAGAUGAUUUCUAAUAGGAUGAAGUCUAUGUUGGGUGGUCUAAUCUCUGAAUCCCAAAGCGCGUUUAUUCCUGAUAGGCUUAAAAUGGACAACAAUUUAGUAGCUGCAGAGGUGGGUCAUUUUUUAAAUAUAAAGCAGUGUGGUUUGGUUGGUUGGGGUGCAUUAAAGUUGGAUAUGGCUAAGGCAUAUGAUCGUAUGGAGUGGUCCUUCUUGCGGGGAAUGCUGUUGGCGCUGGCGUUUGCCCCUUGGUGGGUUGAUUUGAUUAUGAUUUGUGUUACCUCUGUGUCCUAUAAUAUCCUUGUUAAUGGUGAGAAUGGUGGCCAAGUUCUUCCCACCCGUGGUUUGAGACAGGAUGAUCUCCUUUCUCCCUACUUGUUUAUUAUCUGUGCAGAAGGGUUAUCUUUGUUGUUGCAACAGUCUCAGCCUGUUGUCACUAAGCAUUGCCUAUUUGUUUAUGAGGGAUUUUCUGGUCAGGCAGUUAAUUUCCAAAAAUCAAGUGUCUGUUUUAGUAGGAAUACAAUGGAGUCUAGUAGGGAGGAAGUGGCACAGGUUCUAGGGGUUUCACGGGCGAGCAAUUUUGAAAAAUAUUUGGGGUUACCUUCUUUCGUGGGGAAAAAUAAGAAACUUGUAUUUUCUUAUAUUGAGGACAAGUUUAGACAGCGAGUGGGUUCCUGGAAUAAGAAGUUCCUGUCUCAGGCUGGUAGGGAGAUUCUCUUGAGAAGUGUGGCACAGGCAAUGCCUACUUUUUCUAUGAGUGUGUUCUUAUUACCUGAUUCAUUAUGUUUGGCUCUUGAGAGUAUCAUGGCUGCUCAUGAUCUAGUGUGUGGUGGCAUAAGGCGUAAAAUUGGUGAUGGGACUACUACUUUGAUUUGGGGCCACCCAUGGUUGCCUAAUGAGCCAAACCCAAUGGUUCAGACUCCUAUGCAUCGGGCUUUGCAUGGCUCUAAGGUUUCGGGGCUGAUUAAUAGAACUUCUGGAACGUGGGACAUGUCUAUCCUUAGUGAUUUAUUUUGUGCUGCAGAUGUUGACCGCAUAGCCAGGGUUCCUGUUAGCCCAUCCUAUAUGGAUUCUUGGUAUUAG